UGGCUCCACUCAAUACCACGUAUUGUUUCACAACACACAGCCAUACCUCUCUAUUUGGAUUGAACUUCAACUUCUCUUCUUAUAUAUUCAUUCUCUCGGUAGCUAACACCUUCUUAGCUGAAGACCCAUAGACCCAUUUCAAACAUUCAGUUAUUUCACUGUUUCUUUGAUAUUAUUUGUACUCACUUCUUCAUCUAUAUUUCUGUGGCAAAUUGAGCAAGUUUCUGAGGUGGGUUUUCAGUUAGACUCAAGAUUUUGGUGUUUUCUCUGUCUGGCGAUUGUUGAGGAUGAUGUCAAUGACAUGCCACAAUCUUGAAUUUGGUCGAACUGGGUUGGAUUUGAUUGCUUGUGGGUGUUCGUCCAAUGCUUCGUUUGGCCGAUCUUCAGUAAGAAACUAUGCAAAGGGGAUGUUUGGGAGUGGUUGUGCAGGCCAUGGGGCUCGGAAAUUGGUGAGUUGCCGGCGUGACACUGCUCGGUGCCGCGUGUUUUCGACGAAGAGCCCAGAGACUUUGUUAAAUGGGGUUACAACAGGUCCAACAAUACUGGAUUUGAAGAAAGAGUUGAGAAGUCCCAUUUCACUUACAAAUUUGUUUGAAGUGGUUGCUGAUGACCUCCUCACAUUGAACAAAAAUCUACAGUCGAUUGUUGGUGCAGAAAACCCAGUCUUAAUGUCUGCUGCGGAGCAGAUCUUUGGUGCCGGUGGGAAGAGGAUGAGACCAGCUUUGGUGUUCCUAGUGUCAAGAGCCACUGCAGAAACUGUGGGCUUGAAGGAACUUACCACAGAGCAUAGGCGUUUGGCAGAGAUCAUUGAGAUGAUCCAUACUGCAAGCUUGAUACACGAUGAUGUAUUAGAUGAAAGUGACAUGCGGAGAGGGAAGGAAACUGUUCAUCAACUGUAUGGUACAAGAGUGGCAGUGCUGGCCGGGGACUUCAUGUUUGCGCAGUCAUCAUGGUACCUGGCUAAUCUUGAAAACCUUGAAGUCAUAAAGCUCAUUAGCCAGGUUAUUAAAGAUUUUGCAAGUGGUGAAAUAAAGCAGGCAUCCAGUUUGUUUGAUUGCGACGUUGAACUUGAGGAGUAUUUGAUCAAGAGCUACUACAAAACUGCCUCUUUGAUUGCCGCCAGCACCAAAGGAGCCGCCAUUUUUAGCGGGGUUGACAGCAGUGUCAGCGAGCAAAUGUAUCAAUAUGGUAAGAAUCUCGGUCUGUCAUUCCAAGUUGUUGAUGACAUAUUGGAUUUCACCCAGUCGGCAGAGCAGCUGGGAAAGCCGGCUGGGAGUGACCUGGCAAAAGGGAACCUGACUGCACCGGUGAUUUUUGCACUAGAGAGAGAACCGAAACUGAGAGAGAUUAUUGAAUCUGAGUUUUGUGAGAAUGGUGCCCUCGAUGAAGCCAUCGAACUAGUUAUGAGUAGUGGAGGCAUCGAGAGAGCACAAGAUUUGGCAAAAGAAAAAGCUGAUCUUGCUAUAAAGAAUCUGCAAUGUCUUCCUCUGAGUUCGUUUCAAAUGGCACUCGAGGAAAUGGUGUUGUUCAAUCUUGAGCGGAUUGAUUAGAUGAGAAACAUUUCUACAGGAAUAGAUAUUGGAUGAGAUAAGUCAUUCUUGGGGUGAAUUUGUUUCAGCACAAGGAGAGGGGCUAUGAAUUGAAGCCUCUUAUCACCAUAACAAGCGCUUCUACACACCCACCAAUAACAAGUGCUAUGAAUGAAAUUCUGCUUCUAAUAUGUAGUAUUAUAUUGUAGCCUUUGGGCCUUGGCAGGCGCUGAUCUAAAGGAAAAUAACAUUCCAUGAUUGUUUUAUAAUAGUUCAGAUGCUUGAGGUAACAAAUAGUAUGUCUAGUGAUGAUAUUCUUUUCAUUUCUCUAAA